AUGACGGAAGAUAGACGAACGGUUGCCGUAAAAAGCCACGGCCACGUCGUUGUUGCAACAUUCUACAAGAUAAGCGACGAGCUGAAACAGGCUAAGAUCGAGACCAAGGUGCGAUGGAGCGAACACGAGUUCGAGAAUGAUCUCACGGGGUCUGCGGAAAGGUUCGAGUCCGAGCAACCGGGCGCCACCAAGGGAGCGGCAGCGGCCGUCUGGGCUGCAGCACUUCACCGAAUCCUCGGCUCGGAUUUUCUCCAAGUUUCUACCAAUGGAUUACGAAUCCCUAUAUGA